CACGGCUGAGGGAGUCAGGCUUGGACAGCGUAGGCUAGCAUUAGAGCUGAGAUAAGAGAGAGACGGAGAGAGGGCCGCGAGACCUCCGAGGCUGCUGGCCAAGGCAGGGUAUUGAGGGGGCUCAGAGCGGGAAUGCAAGGCACUGGCCCGCGCUUAGAUCCCCUGGACCUGUGCUACUCCGCCAGUUGACAAGACGCACCCUCCUCUAGCGUUUCUCAGCCGGGAGCACUCAGCUCUAGUCUCUGCCAGCCGGCGUCAGCCCCGCCUUUCCUCUUUCAGCGGCCGCUCGGACUCCCGCCCCGGCCGCGCACUGUCGGGUCCGGCAACUUCCCCAGCGCCGCCCGACUUCGGUGAGCUGGGGGCGCGCAUGGCGGCAGUAGGGCCGCGGACUGGCCCAGGCGCCGGGGCCGAGGCGCUGGCGCUGGCAGCAGAGCUGCAAGGAGAGGCGACCUGCUCCAUCUGCCUGGAGCUCUUCCGCGAGCCAGUGUCCGUCGAGUGCGGCCACAGCUUCUGCCGCGCCUGCAUCGCACGCUGCUGGGAGCGCCCGGGAACGAGGGCCACCGCCGUGUCCCACACGCUGUCCUUCUCGCUGCCCUGCCCGCAGUGUCGCGAGCCCGCGCGCCCCAGCCAGCUGCGGCCCAACCGGCAGCUGGCCGCGGUGGCCACACUGCUGCGGCGUUUCAGCCUGCCGGCCGGAGCGCCAGGAGAACGCGGGCCUCCGGAGGCUGUGGCGGCCGGGUGCGCGCAGCACGGCGAACCGCUCAAGCUCUACUGCCAGGACGAUGGACGGGCCAUUUGCGUGGUGUGCGACCGCGCCCGCGAGCACCGCGCUCACGCCGUGUUGCCGCUGGACGAGGCGGUUCAGGAGGCUAAGGAGCUUCUGGAGUCCAGGCUGAAGGUCUUGAAGAAGGAUUUGGAGGACUAUGAGGCCUUUCGUUCCACAGAAGAGAAGGAGAGCAAGGAGCUCCUGAAGCAGAUGGCAGCUGAGCAAGAGAAGGUAGGGGCGGAGUUCCAGGCUCUGCGGGCCUUCCUGGUGGAGCAGGAGGGUCGGCUCCUAGGCCGCCUGGAGGAGCUGUCCCGGGAGGUGACACAGAAGCAGAAUGAGAACUUGGCCCAGCUUGGGGAUGAGAUUGCCCAGCUCUCCAAGCUCAGCAGUCAGAUCCAGGAGACAACUUGUAAGCCUGAUCUUGACUUUCUCCAGGAAUUCAAAAACACACUAAGCAGGACCUCACUAUGCUCUCAAGCCCAGUGGGAGUGGGACAGUGGUUGUGGGCCUUCUUCAGGGUCCUUGUCCUGCAGGUGCAGCAAUGUGCCUGCCCCCAAGCCAACCACAGUCUCUUCUGAGAUGAAGAAUAAAGUCUGGAAUGCUUCCCUCAAGACCUUUGUCUUAAAGGGGCUGCUCAAGAAGUUCAAAGAGGAUCUUCGGGGAGAGCUGGAGAAAGAGGAAAAAGUGGAGCUGACCUUGGACCCCGACACGGCCAACCCCCGCCUCAUCCUCUCUUUGGAUCUUAAGAGUGUGCGCCUUGGACAACAAGCCCAGGACCUACCCAGCCACCCGCGCCGCUUCGACACCAACACACGAGUUCUGGCUUCCUGCGGUUUCUCUUCUGGGAGGCACCACUGGGAAGUGGAAGUAGGCUGCAAGGACGGCUGGGCCUUCGGCGUGGCCCGUGAGAGCGUGCGCCGCAAGGGUCUCACGCCCUUCACCCCGGAGGAGGGCGUCUGGGCGCUGCAGCUCAACAACGGGCAGUACUGGGCGGUGACCAGCCCUGAACGGACGCCCCUCAGCUGUGGGCACCUGUCCCGUGUGCGGGUCGCCCUGGACCUGGAGGUGGGGGCUGUGUCCUUCUACGCUGCAGAGGACAUGCGCCACAUCUAUACCUUCCGCGUCAACUUCCAAGAGCGCGUGUUCCCUCUUUUCUCUGUCUGCUCCACCGGCACCUACUUAAGAAUCUGGCCUUGAGAGUCAUUGCCCGGCCUCCCAGAGGGAGUAAACCAGUCAAGGGUGAACUCCUCCCAAUCUGGCUGCCCAUGGGAAGGGUUGUUGCCCUCCGAUGGAACCUCCUGGACACUUUGGGUCUGUCUUUCUGACUGUUGCCCCAGGCUACCUUAGAGGGGUUUCUGCAGACCACAACAUCAAAGACAUGAGAUUGGGCUACUGAGGAAAACGGCUCUAAGGUUAAUUGAGCAGGGGAAUAUAUGGCCUCGGACUCCCCCUUCUGCCUCUUGCCUGUUGUCUUGGUGACGAUUUGGCAUGAACUGUAAGGAGGUGGAGGUGGAUGAGAGGAGCCCAGCUCCAUCAGAUGUGCUUCCUAUCACUACCCCAAUUCAGCAGGACCUCUAGUUCCAUGGAAUAAAACCAAGCUCUGGCUGUGCAAGGGGGCAGCUUCAUCCCAGACCACUCAGCUUCAUGAUCCGUUCUGCUUUGCCUUCUUGUCAGCUGCCAGCUUUGCCUUCAGAACCUGGAUCUGGCUAGCUUGCCAAAGUCCUCUACUCAGGGAGGAGCAUGGUAUUCCCAGCCCAAAGGAGAGUCUAGGCCAGAACUGGAAAGAGACCCUUGAUAUGUACAAUAGGAAUAGCCCAGGAUAACAGCCUAUUGGCAUUGCUGUCACUCAACACAGCUUAGCCUGAUGAGAUUAUAUGUAUAUCCUUGGCCACAAUGACAGUCCCACAUUCUCACAUUUGCCUAAAUCCUUUCCAAGUGCCAAAGUACAGUCUCCCUUGGGUAAGGAGACCAAAGAUUAUGGAAUUUUGAAACUCAAGGCAGCACUUAUAAUUUUACAGAAGCAAUUAACUCCAGCCUGGAAAUGUGCAGGGCACAGACAUACCCCUGACAGACAGUUCCUGGAGCUUCUCAAAUGUAUGCCAAUGGCAGAAGACCCUGGUUUCAAGGUCUGCUCAGUCUGUACCCUGGCCUGUGUUAUUCCCUUGGCUAAUUGUUCCCCAGCUUCUGUAUGGCUGCAUUUCUGGGAGGGUGGAGGUGGGCUGUUCACUGCUUAGUAUGCUCCUGGAAAAGGAGAUGGAAAUACAGACUGU